AUGGAAAAGUUGGAAAGAGAAAGAAAUUUACACAUUCGUGAACUCAAGCGUAUUCAUAAUGAAGAUCAAUCGCGUUUCAACUCUCAUCCCGUACUCAAUGAAAGAUAUUUAUUGUUGAUGUUAUUAGGAAAAGGUGGAUUUUCAGAAGUACACAAAGCAUUUGAUCUUAAAGAACAAAGAUAUGUUGCAUGUAAAGUUCACCAAUUGAAUAAAGACUGGAAGGAAGAUAAAAAAGCCAAUUACAUAAAGCAUGCACUUCGGGAAUAUAAUAUUCAUAAGGCCUUAGAUCAUCCAAGGGUUGUUAAAUUAUAUGAUGUUUUUGAAAUAGAUGCCAAUUCAUUUUGUACUGUGUUGGAAUACUGUGAUGGUCAUGAUUUAGAUUUUUAUUUGAAACAGCACAAGACUAUACCAGAAAGGGAAGCUCGAUCAAUAGUCAUGCAAGUAGUUUCGGCAUUAAAAUAUUUGAAUGAAAUCAAGCCGCCUGUAAUACAUUAUGAUUUAAAACCUGGAAACAUUCUAUUAACGGAAGGUAAUGUCUGUGGUGAAAUCAAAAUUACUGAUUUUGGUUUAUCUAAAGUCAUGGAUGAAGAAAAUUACAAUCCAGAUCAUGGGAUGGAUCUAACAUCUCAAGGAGCUGGAACAUACUGGUAUUUACCUCCUGAAUGUUUUGUUGUUGGCAAAAAUCCUCCUAAAAUAUCAUCAAAGGUCGACGUCUGGAGUGUAGGUGUAAUAUUUUAUCAAUGUCUUUAUGGAAAGAAGCCAUUUGGACACAAUCAAUCACAAGCUACAAUUUUAGAAGAAAAUACUAUACUUAAGGCGACUGAUGUUCAAUUUGCAAACAAACCCACUGUGACGCAAGAAGCAAAGAGUUUUAUUCGGGGUUGUUUAUCAUAUAGUAAAGAGAGUAGGAUGGAUGUGCUGUCAUUAUCAAGACAUGAAUAUCUGCAACCACCAGUGCCAAAGCAUGGACGACAGGCACAAGUUUCACAACAAGCGCAGCAGGCCCAAGCGCAAGCUCAACAGAGCUUGCAACAUGGACAAACUACUUUCAAUGCGGGAAUGUUUGGCAACAUGAAUGCUUCGAGUUCAUCUUAGAAGUCGAAAGGGAUUCAUUGCUGAUAGUCAUAAAAUUCUCCCAAAAGUAGUGUCAACUUGUUAUCAUACUGUUAUAAUGUAUGUGGAGUACAUUUAGCUGAAAGUGCGAUUUUUGUGAUUCUUUAAUAAAACUAAUGAAAUGGAUACUAGUGCUAUGAAUAUUGGUGUGCGGUGGUGUUUUAUCAAAUCGACAAAAUUUGUUCCUGUUUUUAUUAGAAGGCUGUCUGAAAUGAUAGCUUAUGUUGAAAAAAUUGUGAUAAUCAAUAUAGCGUUGCUUUACUGAUGAAAUGUAAUGUUUACAUCUCAUUUUGCAGUGACUAACUUUUGGAAUAUUGUAAGUUCAUAUUAAGGAACAGAGAAAGAUUGAUAUCUUUAUCAUAUCCUGAAGAUGUGUUUGAGUGAAUGAAUUAUUUAUAUUUGAGGACUCUGUGGAAUAGUAAUAUAACUAAGAAAAACGCUCAACCAUAGUGUGCUUGCUUAAUAUUAAUUAAUUUAAACAUGAAAUAAAGAAAAGACUUUAUAAUUGUUAUGAUCAG